CAUGGUUUUAUUUUUCUUUAUUUUCUAGCGCUGGCCCUUUGUGAUUGGUCCCAACUUCAGCAAAAACGCAGAAAUUUAGCUCGUAAACACUGUUCUCCACGCGACGCAACUUCAUUUUAUCAAAAAAUGUCGGAUGUUGGUUGUUAUGAAAUGUAAGAAUUUUUAGAUCGUUUAAGUGCUACCGUGAAAAAUGAUGGAAAGGAAAUUGCAUUAAAGCCUUUAGUUCAACAAACCUGUGCUAAUAUGUUUAGUCAGUAUAUGUGCUCCAUACGUUUUGAUUAUGACGAUAAAGAAUUUCAAUAUAUAGUUCGUUGUUUUGAUGAAAUAUUUUGGGAGAUUAACCAAGGAUAUGCUGUAGAUUUUUUACCAUGGUUAAGUCCAUUCUAUGCUAAUCAUAUGAAGAAAAUUGUUCAUUGGUCGAAUACAAUUCGAAAAUUUAUUUUAGAACGUAUAAUAAAUGAUAGAGAAAGAAAUGUUGACGCUGAAGCGCCAGAAAGAGAUUUUACUGAUGCCUUAUUAAAAAGUCUGAAUGAUGGCGAGAAUGAUGAGGUUUCUCGUGAUACUAUUAUAUACAUGUUGGAAGAUUUUAUUGGUGGUCACUCUGCUAUAGGAAACCUUGUAAUGUUGGCGUUAGCUUAUAUAGUUAAAAACCCCGAAACUGGUAAAAAAAUUCAGGCGGAAGUGGACAAUAUUCUUAGUAAAAAUCAAAGAUUUAUUUCCCUUAUGGACACUGAUAACAUGCCAUAUACUGUUGGAACAAUUUAUGAAGUAUUGCGAUACUGUUCGUCGCCUAUAGUACCACACGUUGCAACAGAAGAUGUUGCAAUUGGAGGUUAUGGAGUAACCAAGGGCACAAUUGUAUUCAUCAACAAUUAUGAAUUAAACACCAGCCCUAAAUACUGGCACGAACCAGAAAAAUUCAAUCCAGAACGAUUUAUUGUACCUCUUAAUCCACCCAAAAUUGAUCCAAUUACAAAAAAUGUGCACACGUUCAACUUAAAAAAAAAUAUACCACAUUUUCUUCCAUUUAGCAUUGGAAAACGAACAUGCAUUGGUCAGAACUUGGUAAAGGGAUUUGGAUUUAUAAUGCUUGCUAAUAUAAUGCACAAAUUCGAUAUAUCCAGUAAAGAUUUAUCACAAAUAAAAACAUAUCCGGCUUGUGUAGCUGUACCGCCUGAUACUUUUUUUCUUACACUAAAACCUCGAUCACCAUAAGCACUACCAAUUAUUCUAAAUUCGGCUAAGUUUUAAAUAUAGAAAACAAAUCUAGGAAGUAAAUUUUAAAGGUUUAUCUUCAAUUUUAUUAAUUUCUUUAAAAGAUAUUUCAAUUAUUUCAUAUUGAAAAAAUAAUAUUACUGUAAUAUAUCUAAUACUUUAAGUUAUAAACAUUUAUUUAAUAUAUUAAUUAUUUAAUGUAGUAACCCAGAUACGUUAUACAACACAUGACUGAAAAAUAUAACCAAAAUAAAAUUAUUAUUUUCUUAACAUUUAA